AUGACUGGACGCGAGUCUAAUCGUAUAAAGGAUGCGGAGAAGAAACGUGUGCUUGAUGAAGCUGCACGACAACGACGCGCACGCAAGGCGCUUGAAGCGCUCGAACAAGAUAAUUUCCAUGAAGAUCCACAUGCCGAUUUGGUGAUGUCUAAGAAAUUGCCGAAAUUUCAAGAUGGUACUAAGAACACUAAAGAAAAGAAAAGCAAACGGAAAGGUGCCGAGUACUAUAGAGCGAAGUAUCGUAAAAAUUUUCCCCAGCUAUUGGAAGAAUGCAAACAAAACUCUACAGAUGCGCCUAAUUACUUGAACGCUUUGGCACCAUCACCCAAUAAGCCACCACGACGUUUCUGUGCUGUUUGCGGUAAUUUCUCAAAAUACACUUGCACCGCUUGUGGCACGCACUACUGCUGCAUUCGUUGUUUGGGCACACAUCAGGAUACGCGUUGUCUUAAAUGGACAGCUUGAAGUUUUCUUUUAAGUAUAGAAUUUUGUUGGAUAAUUGGUUUUUUAUGAUGCUGUUUUGUGGUAAACUUUUAAAGCAUUGAAAUAUGUACAUAUAAACUACAAGCAAGUCCUCAAGCAAAAAUAAAGAGUUUCAAAAUAUUAUUUCUUUAUGCAAGAGCUCCUGUGCGAAAAGCUACAUUUAUCUAUAAAGAAUCCACAAAUGAACGCUAAAUUUGUGCUUAUAACGGGCUUAAAUAUUUUCUAACAUCAAACCGGGCGAUCUAUAUAUAAUGGUUAUUGUCCAAAGAUAAGACGCAUCACAACGCCAGCAGCAAAUAAAAUUCCAUUUCUCUAAUUUCACUUUCAUUCGAAUUUCGCAAGUGAAAUAAGUGGUAGGGGCAAACAAUUGCGGCUGCAUGGAGGUGACGAUAAUCAUAUUUACUUACACU